CAUUCUUCCUAAAUCUCAUAAAAAAGCAUUAAUUAGUUCGGAUCAAGAACAGUCUGAUGCUAGUGCUAGUGAUACCACAGAUAGACCUUUAUCUUCGCUAAAAUGGCAAGAAAAUUUGAUGAAUUGGUUUGCCAAGCCAAUUACACAAGAUCAACAAUCCAAACUUGACAAAAAAUUACUUGAA